CAUGUCUGAAAGUGGGUUGAAGGAAAACGAAAAAUUUUUAGAGCAGAUCCUAAGCAGUCAGGAAGAAGCAAAGUCAUUGCAGUAUGAGAAGACUGCAAAUCUUGAGCCAAAUCUUGGAUAUGACAUUGACAAGAUCAUCUCCUUUGAUUUCAGUAUCCUCAAGACUAUUUUGAUACAGUUGCUUAAUGAGAAACACCAGAGAGAUAAUUUCAAAGCUGAUUCUGCCUUUAGAUUAGAUAUUCUUAAGAAUAGAGUUGACCAGCUCGUUAGAGAGAAUGAAGAACGCAAAUAGCACGUUCGAAGAGCUCGUUGAGUUUAAAGCAUUUGCUGAAGAACGGCUCGAAAAGGGUAAAAUAAAUGAUAAAGUUCUUGAAAAAUCUAUUGAAAACACCAAUGAAAAAUUCAAAAAGCUUGAGAAUACUAUAGAGAACAUGGACAAGUACCUUAAAACUACAGCGGCUGCCACAGGAGGUCUUAACAGAGACGAUUUCGUCAGAUUGUUAGCUACAAAGGCAGAGAAGGAUAUAGAAGAAAAGCUAGCAAGAUCUGUGUUUGAAGACCACAGAGAUCACCUGAAUGGUAGGCUUCGAGAUAUCCUCAAUGAGGCUGAAGAAGUUCAAGGAAGAGUCAAAAUCCUCGAGAGGCAGAUGGAUAUCCAACUUAGAAAAGGAAUAGCACCCCCUUCAGAUGUUCCCAAGAAACACAAGACUCCCGUUGUUAUCCCUCAGAUUCCAGAUCUGGAUAAAAUUAUUGAGAAAAUAGAGAAUUUAGAAAGCUUUGUUGAAGGAAUGAAAUCUAACUUCAAAAGCUUCGAGAAGGAAGCAAAGUACGAUUUAUCAUCACUUAAAGUUGGCAAAGCAGAGAUGACUCUAGUUGAUCAAAAUAUUUCUGACACUGCGAUGCUGAAAGAUAACUAUGAUAAACUUGGUAAACUGCUCCGAGCUCAUCAAGGCACUGUGCUAGAGAAGUUAAAAGUUGUUGAGAAAACAUACAUUCCUCACUUUCAGAAGAAGAUUCAUAUUCACGAUGAAGCUAUAGGGCUGAAUAAGGCAUGCAUUAAGAACCUAGAGAUGGAAGCAGGAGAUAAUAAGAAGAAACUAAAUGUUUUGGAGAAAAAGGAGAUUGAUUUAUCCUCAGUUGAUCUUGUAAAUCUUCGAAUUGAAGAACUCACCAGUGCUGUUAAAAUUACCAGAGCAGAUAUAUCAACCGUUGCUAAAGAAAUACGUGAAAUUCUUUACACAAAGGUUGAUGAUGAAACCCUCACUGAACUUGAAGAUAACAUCAUUGCGAAGAUGAAUGAGCUAGCUGAGAGCAUUAAGAAAAAUUUCUCGAAGAAGACUGAAACUAAGAUAGGCUUCAAAAAUGUUAGCUCUCAGAUCAAAGACCUCUAUGCAAUCUUAUUAACUAUCCCAAAUGAAAAGGGAAAAGCAGAAGAAGAUGAUGCCAUGCUAAGUAAAAAACCACUAGGAGGAUUUUCUUGAGCCUCUUGUGAUAAAAAUAUUGUGAAUUUAUCAAAAAUCCCAAGUCAAGAAUCAACCGCAUGGAAUCAAAUGCCAUUUAGAGACAAGAGUGAGAGAUUCAGUAGAUUAGGAUCAGGUUUUAGGAGCAUCUUAAAGACUGCACGUAAUGAGAUGAGUCCAAAUAAUAUCACCUACAAAGAUAGAAUGAAGAAAUUAGCAGAUAUAAGCGAGUCAGUGUCCCAGUUUCAGUCAUCUAAGCUGGAUUUAACCCAGAACAAAUAGUUUAAAAUUCAAUAUGAA